UUGAACUUCUUAGUAUGCUAUUGCGGCCGUCAAGACGAAGUGGUACGUUGUGGCAGCGCCAAAGCCAAACGCUACAAUCUCUCCGAACUCCAAGCUCCUUACGACGGUGACUUGGAGCUCUGUGACGUGGAAAUGUUCUUUGAAGGGACUGCUGAAGAGAAGGCGACCCUAUUGUCAGCUCCAGACGGAUCUUUAACAGCGCUCUUUGUAGGCACUGUGUUCAGUUGCGAGCAGAGAUGUGAUAGACCACUGGAUUGUGAGCACCACUUCUGUACAGAUGUUUGUCAUCCCGGCGAGUGCAAAUCGUGUCCACUUCUGCCGCAGAAUUGUGUAACGUGUCCUUGUGGGAGAGUACCUCUUUCGAAAUUGUGUCUUCGGUACCUUGGUAUUGGCGCGUGCAAGGUUAUGAAUGGUGAUAUUCACGGCAAUCGUCAGUCAUGCACUGACCCCAUCCCCGUUUGCCCCAACACCUGUGAUCGUCCGAACCCCAUUUGUGGUCACCCCUGUCCCGAGAAGUGCCACCAAGGUCCUGAGUGCCCACCCUGCAAACUCACCACCCAAAUCAACUGCCGUUGUGGAAAGUCCUCCAAAGAGAUUCCCUGCUAUCAAUAUGCUCUGGCUGUCAAGAAUGAUCCUUGUGAGUUGCCCGCUUCAUUGUCCCAUUUCCUCCCGGCCAUUUGUCUACAUCCUUCUACUUCCAAACAACUACAGCUGAUAUUUUUAAUUACGCAUAUAGGAUAUGAAUAUAUUAAUACACGCUUGUUUGUUUCAGCCUCGAUCCAAUUCCUGUGCAAUAGAGUUUGCGCAAAGAAAAAGACUUGCGGGCGUCAUAAGUGCAAUCGGAAAUGUUGCGAUAUGGUGAUACAUUCCUGCCAAGAGAUCUGUGGUCGAACUCUAUCCUGUGGGAAGCACACUUGUGAGGACCGAUGCCAUUGUGGUCCUUGUGGAUCCUGUUGGCGUGGUGUAAUCUACGAGGAAAUCUACUGUCACUGUGGAUACACCUGCCUGAAUCCACCACAACCUUGUGGAACCAAACCUCCUGAUUGCGAUAGACCCUGCACUCGACAGCACGCUUGCACGCACGAGGUUCGACACAACUGUCACUCCGAUCCUGAGUGUCCAAAGUGUACGGAACUGACAGUGAAACGAUGCAUUGGAGAUCAUACGUGGAUGUACAACGUGCCCUGUUUCAUUACUGUAAUUACAUGUGGCAACAUCUGCGACAAACCGAUUACUGGUUGUUCACACCGUUGUCAACGCCAAUGCCACGCUGGUAGCUGUCUUUCUGAUACCCAAAAGUGUACUCAACCCUGCUCUAAACCCCGACCAAGCUGUGGCCACCCCUGCGGUCAACCUUGCCAUGAGGUCAAGGGUAUUACCUGCGAGGUAGCCUAUCGAAAUUCAAAGUGCCAAGUUCUCAUCGCGCUCCAAUGCUCCUGUGGUUUUCGUAAGGAAGAACAACGCUGUUGUCAAGUGAAGGGUCUCGUUGGAAGUUUGAGUCAGAAAGAUCCCAACUUCCUUCUUCGUCCACCCACUAUUCCAGGUCUUCCAUUUGGGCUCCCCACAAAUGAAAUCCUUCCAUGCGAUAACUCCUGUGCAAUGGCUAAGAGGUUGGCAGAGGGCAAAAGCAAAGGGGAAGCAGAGGAGACAGGCCCUAAAAUGUGGCCUCGCGGAGGUCAUGCUAUUGAUGAGAUGCAGCUGUCUGCAUUCCCCCCACCUGAAUAUCCCGAUAAUCUCAAGCAAUACGCUUCAAAUAACAGCACAUUUGCCAAUACCGUGGAAGAAGUGUUCUGCGAUAUUGUGCAGGAGGUGAAUUCCAUUCUUACUUCCCUUUCUCCAAUUUGCAAAAACUCAUUCUUACCUAAUUUCAUUUUAAAGGCCUUAGACUCCCUGAAGCCUAACGAACGUGGUAUAAUUGUGCCUGGGAAAGUGAUAACGCACAACUUUAACCCAAUGCAAAAGGAUAAACGUUGGUUUAUCAAGGAACUAGCCGAGUUUUACGGCAUUCAGUGUGUUGAAAUGGACCCGAAGCCAAAUACCUUUGUGCAAGCGAUGGCCAAAUCCGGUUGGGCAAAGUUUCCGGGAGGGACUUCGAAGCACAAUUGUGUCACUUUGUCGAAGCAAAUUGAAGCUUCCUUUGUGGGUACAGUUAAGCUGAAUCCUAAUGUACAGAAACCGGUGCACGCUUCGCAAAAACCAGCUUCUCUACGCUGCGAUAACACGAGCACCUCUUCAACCUCGACACGCCGUCUUUUAGCCUUCAACGCAAUCGCAUCUGAAGCUUCAAAAACAAAUUAG